ACCGGCGCCACUGCUACGUUUGCUGUGAUAUUUCUCAUCAUGAUCGCCCUCAUUCUCAUUAUGAAAAGGCGAACCCUUCAAUCUAAGGCUAGACGAUACAAACCAUCGUUUUUCAAGUCCAGUCAUCGCUGGGUGUCAAGUCCAUGGUCAAAAACUGAUGUUCACCGAGAACACCUAUAUGAUACCCGGGUGACCCGGUUCUUGCCGGGAAUACAGAGGACACCCCUUUCAGAGAACAGCUCUAGGAGACCAUCGUCUUUCUUCGGCACGGUGAAGGACUUGGAGACUUACCAAAAGAUCUUCGAUACUGACGUUCGCUACCGACUUCCACGGCCAAUCAUCGACCCAUACGCUCUACGGCUUUUCCAAGAUGGCUCACCUGAUACCAUAUUUGGGCAUGAUGGACAGAUGGAUUCAGCCUUAGCGAGGAGGAGGAGUAGCCCGGAUGUUGACGACACUGUAAGCUACGGUUCGGCCAACGCGAAAAUACAGUUCCGAACUGCACGUCCAGCGAUCAACACCAAUGCUGUGUUGCCUAUUGAAAGAGGCCCGUCUGAUACCAUAUCUGGAGGGGACGGAUGGGUCAGAAGUGAUGACGUCAUGACGAGGCGAUGUAACCCGGAUGUGGAUGACGUAGACACCGACAGCAGUGUCCUCAUGACCGACAGUGACGGACUCUUCGCCGCUCCACAACGCCUCCUGGCGACAUCCGGCGGAUACAACAGGGAACUGCAGUCCAUCAGUAGACGUCCAAGCGACCUUUCCGCCGAGUCGCAGACUCUUCGAAUGCAGUUCAUUCCUGAAGACACAACAACAGACACAAGCAGUUACGACACGGAUGCUUCUACCGUUACUGACACCGACACCGACACUACCGACUCGACCCUGACUAGGACCGAUUCCACCGCAUCUGUGGAGACUGUCGUCCCAGCCAGGCCUCCAUUACAACUCGUGCUCUCACUAAACAAACGGUACAGGAAGGAAAGUAACGUCCGAUACAACCAAUUCUAGGCAUUACGAAAAAAGCUGCUAGAUGGAUGCGUUAGUCU